CAAGCCGCGCGUCGUUAACCACGUGCACGUCUACACGUGUGUGAAAUGUCACCAUGAAGUCUUCAAGGAGGAAAGCGAAACGAACGCACGGCGAACGAAGUAAUUGUCAAAAAUUUAUUUUAAGCAGGUGGCGUAGAGAGCAAGAGCCAAACUACGAGCCGUUGACGACUGAGGCCUCAACAAAGCAACACGUGGCUGAUCAUGCACCAAGUUGGACAGAGCUGGACUCAGACGGGUUACGGACACCGACUGAUUCGGAUGCCAGUGAAGACCUGACACUGAGAGGCGGAGAACUUGAAAAAGUUUUGGCAAUGGAUUGCGAAAUGGUGAGCGUAGGAGCUAGGAAGAGUGCCGUAGCUCGUUGUAGUGUAGUUGAUUACUAUGGCCGUGUGGUCUUCGACGAGUACAUCAAACCUGAUGACGUCAUAACCGACUACAGAACGUUUGUUAGUGGAAUUAGACCUAGGCAUAUGAGGUGUUCUAUAACAUAUCAGGCUGCAAGGAAGAGGUUAGAAAGACUACUGAAAGGAGCUAUUCUUGUCGGUCAUUCUUUACACAAUGACUUGAACUGUUUGAAUCUUCGUCAUCCAGUGGAGAGAGUGCGAGACAUUGCCAAGUUUCCGGCUUUACAUUUACAUGCUGGAUUUUUUCGGUUACCCUCACUGAAGAACCUCACCCAGUUGUAUUUGCAAAGGCACAUUCAAGAAGGAGAGCACUGUUCUAUCGAGGAUGCCACAGCAGCCAUGGACUUGUAUCGGCUUGUCAGAAACGAAUGGGAAUGUGGUAUUAGCAUAACGAACAGUAGUGCAUUGCUAGAAGAUGAGUAUUGGCCUGAUGACAUGAAUCAGUUCAAUGAAAUCAAUUGAAACUUUUAUCUUUGCACAAUGCUGUGUUUGUGACCUUCUUGUCAAGGGGUGGUUUCAGGAGGUAAAAUAGUGCAAUUACCUACUCUUUUAAUUAGAAAUGAGAUGUUUGUGCAGGUAAUUGUAGCAAGGUUAUGAUGGG